AUGACGUCUCAUGAUAUUGCACACACCAGUUACGAAGAACAGGGCUACUCAGUGGACCCCAGUCUCUACCAACUUGAAGACACCUCUUACUACACGGCUGGCGAAGCUUCUACUUCCUAUGCACAGCCCUAUUCACAAGAACCCAACACCACCGAAGCCUCGUCGACCAGCUCUGACCCCAAUAAAUGUUAUGUUUGUGGAAAGUCCUACAAGCGGAAAUGUGAUCUUGACAAGCAUAUGAACAAUCACACCAAACGCCGCCAGUGCCCUUUCGACGACUGUGAAGGUGGUGGAGCCGAGACUAAAGACCUCAAUCGACACCUGUGGACUCACCAUCCCCAAUAUGCCUCUGCAAAAAACAUCCCCAAAGACGAGGAGUGGUGCGGCUUCCAAGGGUGCGGGUAUCAUGGACGUCGGGACAAUGUGAAGAGACAUAGGGACAACCAUAACCACUGGCCUCCGGCGUAAGAGAAGACAGUUGUGCUUGGGGUCAUUGGAUACAAUAUUGGGUUCUCAAUGGUUUUGCACCAAGUCAUGACUUUCUGGGCAUCAUUCUGCUUCUUUGAAGGUUGUUAUGCUGGUUUUCCUCUUGUUUCCUUUUGAUGAAGGCUUGUUAUGACUCAUGAAGACACGGUGAUACCUCUACUCCUGUUUUAGCUUUGGCUUUUAUGUCUCCACUCUUUCUUUGGGACCAUUCUUGGAGCCCAUUCUUGCCC